GGAAAAUCUUUCAUCCACAAACGUAUUUUAAAUAGGCACAUGCAGUACCAUGGAUAUUUCAGUUACAAGUGCGUGAUUUGUGGUUCUAAAUUCUCCAAAUAUGAUCAAUACUAUAAUCAUCGCGUGCAACACACUGGAUUACCUUAUAAAUGUGGCGUUUGUGAAAAGCAGUUUCCAGAUGCUUACAAGUUAGUAAUAAAGAUUAAGCGUCAUAUAAGAGGUGUGCACAAAAUUGAAGAAGACAAGGAGGUGCAGAAACUCGUUGUAAGAAUAAACAUAACAAAAGAAUAUAGAGGACGAAUAGUCGAAGUUUUGGAGAUGCAAUAAAGAAAGGUGCACGGCGAAUU